AUGCAAAUCAGAAGUCAAAAUCAGAUAUCAGUCAAAGCUAAGUCAGGUUUGACAGAAAAAUGCCGUAGUAGUAAAAUCAGCCUUCAAGCAGGAGAAGAUCAACUUCUGCAGUUUGUAGCAGAGCAUACAGAGAAAGGUAAAGUGAAAGCUCCUUUGGCUGGGAAUUCAGUACAUGCUGAACGUUUUCUGGAUAAAUACAUGCCAAAAUUGAUGAAACAUCUUCAUUAUCGUAUUGUAGAUGUAUCUACUGUUAAAGAAUUAUGCAGACGCUGGUAUCCAGAGGAGUUCACAAAUGCACCCUCCAAGAAACUCUCCCAUAGAGCUCUUGAUGACAUAAAGGAAAGUAUUGAGGAGUUGAGAUAUUACAGAUCAGCAAUAUUCAAAAAGUAAUGUGCACUCUUCUAAAUAUAUCUGGGGAAGAUUUGUAUUCUUUUUGAAAAUAACCAUUAAAAGUU